GAAAAAGGCGGUCUUUACAGUUUCCCCCGUUGACCUUGACUCUGUCAGCAUGAUUAGAUAAUGACAUUUUACUUCAUGCACAUUUUGUAAACCUGCUCAAAGAGCCCACGAAGUCAUUUCCUUGAAACUCCAUGCUCUGUAUCAGAUGACCAAGUCGAGCGUAUUUUCCCAAAUACUGGGCACAGACGAAUUUAUAGUGUCUAAACAUCUUUUCUCACGAAAAUGUUUGAAGUCGGUAUUGCUAUCUGCUGCUGUCGGUGGUGCAGUAAUUGGCAUUGUUUACUGGUGGUUUAAAUCAAGGCGUUCGGCAGAUCGUGUUGUUAUAAAGUCAGAGACCACAGAUAUAGAUGACCCUACAAUUCUUGCAAUGCAUUCCAUGGAUUUUUAUUCUCAAGCCAAACUUUCUAGCAACCGAAGUGUGGGGUCUGUCUUUUCAAGAACUUCAACUGUCAGUGAAAAACCCACAUUUACUUCAAGUGCAAGAAAACUUUCCCAGCCUUCAAUAGCAAAUGACUCAGAUAUUGACGAUAGCUCCUCUUUGGCAUUGGAUUACAGAAGACUUGGUCUACGCGCAUUAGCUGGUGUCGUUGAACAUCUCGAAUCUCUUAUGUGCAAGGUUAGAGUUCUUGAAGAUAAGGGUUUGUCUCGUUCUUCGGAUUCUGAUCAGUUAAUUAAUGACCUACGUGUUCUUUUGGAACAUGCUUAUCGUUUGCGUGAACAAUAUAAACAGCAGCUAGUGCUUCAUGAUGGCAGUUAUCGACAGGGAUCAUUGGAAUCUUUAGUGACUUCACAGGAGGAUACAUCUUCUUACUACUCUGCAUCUGAACACUUAGAUUUGACUGAGUUAGAAUUACUAAUGCAGUUUAAUGUGAGGAGACCUCUUUAUUACAGCGCUUUAAAAUUGCUGAAUGAAAGUGAUAUUCCUUACCGUGCUCUCAGAACACAAUUUGUUGGUUGUGAACUUGAUAUUGAAUAUCUCGGUAAAGUUCAUUGUCUUCGUCAAGCAUUUGACUAUAUUUUUGAUCGUCCUGAAUCUACUGAAUGGAUGAUUAAAGUUGGAAAACUUAAUGUAUGUCGUUUGUUACAUUGUCUUGGAUAUCCAAGUACAGAUUUUGAAGAAGCCUAUGAACGACUGAUGGCUUUUGUUCUGUCGAAUCGAAAUAAACCGAAUAGUAUGAUGUCUGAAGAAUUAUAUGCUAAAGGUGUAAAAGUAAUCAACUUCUAUGAUGUUGUCUUUGAUUUAAUGCUAUUGGAGGCAUUUGAACUACUCGCCAAUCCGCCUAGUUCAGUGCUAUCCGUCACUCGACAUAAAUGGUUAAGUGAUAAUUUCAAGCGUUGUGCACUGGAUUCCACUGUGUGGACUAUUCUCUUAGCUAAGCGUAAAAUGAUUAAAUACGCAGAUGGUUUUUAUGCUCAUUAUUAUAGUAUGAUUGGUACAAUACUGCCUGCAUUAGCCUGGGGUUUUCUAGGACCAAAUGAAAAUUACUUUCGUCUGUGUGAUCGUUUUCGUGAGACAAUUAUUUCAUUUAUUCGUGAAUCAUUCAUCUGUUAUGAUUCAUCUAUUCUUACGACGACACAACAACAAAUGGUUUAUCCUUAGCAUUUCCUGAUGAACAUUUUGCCCAGCAUGAUGAAUUCGAUCGGAGUACUCUAGUCAAUUGUCCUUCAGUUGGGGAUAAUAUCAACAGUUCUACGCCCCCACCUUCUCCUCCUCCUGGUGUAAACGAUAAUGAUGACAGUGUUGAGACAAUCUCAGAGUCUGGACCAACAUUAGUCUGUAAACAGGAAGAUUUCCACCAAUCAAUGACAUCCAAUGCAGUUUAUCAUCGACAAAUUGGUUUACGUUAUACAACUGUCGAAGAAUUAGGCAGUGAUUUAUACAAAUUAAUUAAUAUUUAUUCUAAAGAAUUAUUAAAUAUCUUUAUGCAUGAAUCACAGUCUAGUGAUAAUCCUUUGCCUGAACAAUUGCAGUCAAAUCCUCUUCAACCAGAUCUACGUCUCAGUUAUGUGGUGUAGAGACGAAAAUAGAAGAAGAAGAAAGCAUUAUACUAUCUACUAUUCGGAUUGAUUACGCAAUAGCUUUCUCAUCAAUAAUCAGCAUUUCGCUUUUUAGACUUUUUUUUUUUACUUGUUCACAACCAAAGCACACCUUGUAUAUAGACGCCUAUAUAUGUUUGUAUAUAGAUAUAGUGAAUUGUCUUUUCUCUCUUAUGUGUUAUUUAUUCACUAGUAUAAAUUGUGUAUAGCGCUCUUUGAUUAAAAAUAGUGUCUUUUGUCUAACUGUAUAUACAAUUAAAU